AUGAGUUCUAACACAAAUACUCAAGCAUUUCAGCCUGUAGGAAAAGCAUUACCCAGAGAGAUUAUCAAAUGGAUUCAAGGGCUUGAUUUAAGUUAUUCUGUUAAAGAUCCUAGGAGAGAUUUGAGUAAUGGUUUUUUGAUAGCUGAAAUAUUUUCUCGUUAUUACCCAGGCAGAGUUUAAAUGCACUCUUUUGAUAAUUCACAAAAGGAUGAAAGAAGAUAGAACAAUUAUAAACAAUUAGAGCUCUUCUUUAAAAAGAAUGAUAUAGUGGUUCCAAAUCAUAAAGGAUUUGCUGAGAUUUUAGAUAAUGAUUGGAAUGCGCUUUAUAACUUUCUAGUGAGCAUUUAUAGUUUCCUAACUUAAAGAAAGGUUAUCAAUCCUCCUUUGGCAUCUUAUGUGAAUUCUAAAGAAUUUGCUACAUCAACCCAAAAUACAUAGACAUUCUUAUUAAAAGAAAAGGGAAUAGAGAAAUUGCAAGAAGAGCAGAAACAGGAAGAUUAAUUCUAAAAAGAAUAACUUUCUGAAAAACAUGCUCCAUUGUCGGUUUCAUCUAAAAGAACUAAUUUUAUGAGAGUUCCAAGCAAACCGAUCAGUUAAAAUUUGGAGAACCUAAACUAUUAGAUUGAAGUCAAAAAUAUCAGUUACAGACCUGUUUAAGGGAGUUUGUUGAAAUUGAAGGAGGAACAAUAAUAGUAAGAAAAACAAUAGGAAAAGCUGAAUUCAAACAAUGAUAGAUAGAUACAGGAUUCAUUUUAAAAAACGCCAAUGGAUGAAAACAAGAGAGAAGCAACAUCAACAAGAGAAAAAUAAUUAGAUAAAUCUAUCUAUGAUAUUCUAAAUGAAGCUCUAUCAUAAAGAUAAUAAUUUCCGUAAUUUGUAUAAACAGUAUAAUUCAAAUAGAAUGCAACAGCUUUAUAAAGCUUUAUAGAUUUAAUUGAUAUAUAUCCUGAUGAUUUUGUAAAUGGAUUCUUUUAAGAAUUGAUAACUUAGAAAGAAGCAUAUAUAAAUUUCAUAUUUAAAGACACAAAUGAAGUAUGGAAAUUUUUUAAAUUUACUUUUUAAUGUAUCUAAAAUUUACCAGUUUAAAGAGUUCAUGUUUGUAUUGAUUUGGUAAAUUAAUUUGGUGCAAGAUCAUUAUAAAAGGAUGCUUUGAAAACAAGAUCUCUAUUUUUGGAGUUCUUUUUACCAGAAAUUUGUAUACUAAUAAAAUAGAGUGUCUUCUUUGAAAAGAAAUAAUUACUAAUUUAAAUGAUAUGUUCCUUUUAAGAACCUAUGUUUAAAUAUUAGGUUAUUUCAACCAUGAAGUCGAAUUUAUCAGUUGAACAUUUUAUGUAAUGUUUAGCUGUCUUUUCAAGUUUUGAAUAAGAAACAUCAGAAUUAUGGAACGAAAUGAAACGAUAUGGUUAUAUCUAUUUUUCAUCUUCUUCAACAUCUUUGAGUUCAAGCGCUUUAGCAAUUUUGUGCAACGCAGCAAAAGCUAAUUCUUAAGUGAAAAUUGAUAAACAUGUCAUGACUUUGGCAAAAAAUAGAUGGUGGCAAAAUCGUUGUCUCUGUGUUAUAUUAUUUAGUGAAAUGAUUAGAGCAGUUAUCAAAACACCAAAUUACUAAAAUUUAAUUAAGUCUCCUUAACAGGGAUAGAAGUUCUUUUCUAUUGAGAAUGACAGAAUUAUUUCUGACUUAAAAGCAUAAGUUAAUCAUUUUUCAAAAGGAAUAGAAAUUGCUUCCUUGCCUAUAGAUUCAGAUAUCCUUAUGACUCAAUCAUUAAUUCAUAUCGUGGAUUUAUUGGGGGAUAGCAAAAUCUUAUUAGAAUUGUUCGUUAAGAUCAUUCUUGAAGUGUCUUAAGAGUCAAGAUAAUGGGCAUUAUUUAGUCAAGAUUAACCUGAUGAAUACGAUUUCUUUAUCCCUUCUGAUAAAAGCUUUAAAUUCAAACUAAAUAUCAACUCUUAAUAUGUAAAAUAAGUUUCAUUUUCGAUACUAUUGCAUUUAGUUGAAUUACUCAAUACAUAGAAAUUGUUAAAUUUACCAUUAGGUCAUUUUGAAUUACUACAUUGGUGCUUCUAAAACACAGACUUUAAAAUAUAAAAUAUGGAAUCAUGUGAAUAGAUUGCUAAAGUAACAAAAGAAUAUGUUUAUUUGGGACUGAGUGAUCCAACUAUUUUGCUGUAUGCUAAUGAUUUAGCAAAACAAUUGCUUGAUUUAUAAUUUAAAGCAGAAGUUUAGAUUGAAAAUCAUGACAAAAUAUUUGCAAACAGUAUAAGAUUAGCAUUGAAAGCAGAGAAUGAUUAAGUAUUAAACAAUAUUGUUGAGUUUAUUGAAAAUUUGGUAGCAGAAUCAGGAUAAAGUGCAUCUGAUGGAUUAAAGAAUUUUAUAAGAAGUGUUUAUGAUGAAUUAGAUUAGAUGAACCCAUCGCCAUUAUCGAAUCCUAAGAUUUCUAAAUGUUUUGAAAGAGUGAAUGAUAGACCAUACUAGUCACCACAUCCAGACGUUUCAGAUGUAUAAGUAUAAGAUGAGUAGUAAUCUGAUUUUUAAUAUUGA